AUGACGAAAAGCACCGUGAACAAUAAAACGAGGAAUAACAAGACGCGCGGCGGGCUCGGCAGUGCCUGGGUCCUCCGCGGCGGCAGGGGGCGGUGUGGCGCUGCGGCGCGGGCGGAAGCGCGGGCGGGAGGGCCGGGCCGGUGCGACGCCGUGAGCGCGGGGCGGGGGGACGGGCCGGGCGAGCCGGGGCCGCGCCGCCUCUGCCGCAGCCGCAGCGCCGGAGCCGAGAGCCGCCAGCGGGCGGGCGGGGCCCGCCGGACGCACAGGUACUGGGGCGGCCGGGGCUGCGGGGGCGCGGGCCGGGGGGCAUUGUCCGGCGCGGGGCCGGGCCGUGCCCUGCGGGCCGCGGGUAGCGCGGCCCGGCCGGUGCCCUCCGCGCUCCGGGCCCGUUUGUCCGCUGGGCGCUGGGAGGGACCGGCCGAGUCCCGCCGGCCUGGGCAGAGGGCAGCUCCGGGGAUAGCAGCCGCUGCUCCGGGGGUGCCGCGCGGCACGGCCGGCCAGCCCGAGGGAAAGGGCACGGCCGGGGCUGCGCUUCCCGUGCGGCAGCGCCCCGGUCCCCGAGCCGCUCCAACGUCGCGCCGGGGAACGAUCAACGUAAAGCCGCGCACGGCUCGGCCCGGAGCGAACCGCAGCGCCCGCGCCGCUCCCGAGGAGGGCGGACGUGCAGCGGCUGUCCCGUCCCAGCGCCGCCGGGCCGGGGGCGCUGCCCGCGACCACCGCUCUUUGUUCCGGCCCCGGGAACACGCACGGAGCGGCCGGAGGUGCGGGGCUGGCACUGCCUUGCGCGGCCUCUCGGGGUCCGGCUCCGAGGCCUCUUCCUACAAUUGUUGUUGCUGUGGUGGCCCCGCUAGGCCUCCGCAGCCGUGGCUGUGCGGGAGGGCUGCUCGCAGCCUGUUCUCUCUGCGGACUGCCCCACAGACACCUAACGCGGCCUCAUCUCUGCUCCGUGGGAGGCGCCUUGGGACAGGAGAGUUUGUGCCUGGUGGUGUUGGGACCAAGCAGGACAGUGUUAAAAUGUGA